AUGGGUUUCACUUUCAAGGGAUUGACCAGCAGUGCCUUGGUUUCUGGCAACAAGGCCUCCGCUUACGCUGACAACAAAGAUGUCGCCGACGUCCCCGCUUCGUUCCAGGGACACACCAGCAUGGAUGUUUCUCGUCCUGACGAGAAGCUGGGUAGCCCAAGGUCUUCCCCGAUGAGCAAUGACUCUGAUGAGGAGCUGAACAAGGUCGACACUACCGCCGAACAAGGUGUGCAGGCUGUUCAGGCUGCCUCUCUCAUCUGGAAGAAGAGAGACUUGAUGCUGGCCUACAUGUUCAUGUGGUUCAUCCAGUUCUUCACCGCCUAUACUUCCAGCACCUCCAGUACCCUCUCGCCAUACGUCACCAGCAGUUUCAACAAACACUCCUUGACCGCUCUGACUACUGUUAUUUCGUCAAUUGUCGCUGGUAUCUGGAAGCUCCCCUAUGCCAAAAUCCUCAACAUCUGGGGCCGACCUUUUGGUCUCUGCCUCGGUGUGGCCAUCUAUGUCGUUGGCCUUGUCUUGAUGGCAUCCUGCAACAACGUCAAGGCUUACUGCGCCGCCCAGACGUUUUUCUACGUCGGCUAUAACAGUAUCAACUUCUUUGUUACUGUCUUCAUUGCCGAUACCUCCAAGCUGAAGAACCGAGCCCUCUUCAUCUCGUACGCAUCCUCUCCCUGGCUUGUUACCACUUGGAUCUACGGCUAUGGUGUCAAUGGCAUUAUAGCUCCUGGUGGCAUUGGCUUCCGAUGGGCGUUUGGUAUAUUUGCAAUCCUCGCGCCUAUUGUCUGCUCGCCUCUCAUCGCCUUGUUUGUGAUUUACGAGGGCAAAGCACGCAAGCAGGGUCUCAUCAAACCACGACCAAGCCGGGGUAACUUUGGCCAGACAGUCGUGUACUACCUCCGCGAGUUCGAUGCCGUCGGCCUUUUGAUCCUGGCUACUGGACUGUCGCUCUUCCUCGUUGCCUUCAACAUCUACACCUACCAGGCCGAUGAGUGGAAAUCACCUCUGAUCAUCUGCUUCCUUGUUUUCGGCGCGCUCUUGAUUGUUGCGUUUGGUCUUUGGGAGAAGUAUGGUGCCACAGUCACAUUCAUCCCAUGGCCUCUGCUCAAGAACCGAACUGUCAUCUUCACAUACACCAUGGCUGGCUCGCUGUACAUUGGCUGGUACUGCUGGGACUCGUACUUUUACUCGCUGCUUGUUGUCUUGUUCAACCAGACGCCCGUACACGCCACAUGGAUUGCCAACAUCUACACCAUGGGCAGUUGCUUCAUCUGCAUCUUGUAUGGUGUUGCCCUGCGCUACUACGGAAAGCUCAAGAUUUACUCUCUGUUCUGGGGCGUACCUCUUACAAUGCUGGGUGUUGGUCUCAUGAUCAAGUUCCGCCAGCCCGACGAGAACAUUGGCUACAUUGUCAUGUGCAUGCUCUUCAUCUCGUUUGGUGGCGGUGUUCUCGUCGUCUCGGAACAAACCACUCUCAUGGCCGUGUCCAAGCAACAGGACUUCCCUGCUCUUCUCGCCGUCGAAUCGAUGAUUAUUGCGAUCGGUAGUGCUAUCGGCUCCACCGUCGCUGGUGCCAUCUGGACUGGUGUCUUCCCUGCUCGUCUCAAGGCGAAUCUGCCCGCGAGCGCCCUCGACAACAUCACAAAUAUUUACGGUAACAUCGACGUACAAUCCGGCUACCCUGUUGGAAGCCCCGCUCGCGAUGCCAUCAACCUCAGCUACGGUCAGACACAAAAGUACAUGCUCAUCUCGGCUGUGUGCGUCUACUGCAUGACUCUGUUCAGCGUUGCCCUUUGGCAGAACGUUGACGUCAGGACCAUGAAGCAGAGGACCAUUGGUCUCUUGUAAUUUCGCUCUCGUCAAUUUUUACACAGCAUAAAGGCGCUUCUCUGGUAGAGUUGGGCUUCCCAUCGGCUUGAGACAUUUUCUUAGAACGAGCCGUCACUGUAUAUUACAAAUAACGAUGAUAAUGAUUAGAUGUUUAGAGGUUAAUGGGUAUCUAAUUCCAAUUCCCAUGUUCCAUC